AUGUCGAGGCCUCGUGAUAAUAUGGGUCGUGGGCAGGGGAACUAUGGCAUCGGGUUAUCUGAAAGAAAGGAUUCGAGGGCUUUCAAGAAAUUGUACGACGAUAUUGCCACCAAUUUCGAUUCCGCACAUCAAUACAAAGCUCUUCUUAAUGAAGAGAUCAGACUGAACAAAAAAGCUCUCGAGGAUUUGUUGGACUUUAACGAUAACGGAAAUCCAACCAUCGAUAACUCUCAUGCGGAAGCCCUCCACAGGCAAAGAAACGAGUUGCAAGUCAGGUACAAUAAUGUUGAAUUCGCGUGGGCUCAGAGUGUCAAACAGGCGUACCAGAAGGUUUGGGAGGCGUCUCAAACCUUGGCCAGGGCAUGUGACAUUGCUAAGAGAGCAAUCAUAGCCGACACUACAGGUGGUGGUACAGAUCCAGUUGCGGGGGGAGGGCAAGAGAACUUUGGUUUCCAGGCAAAUAAAAAUAUCCCCCACCGACGCGCAUUGUGCCCACCCCCACCUCCACCUCCACCUCCAUCUCCACCUCGACCUCCACCUCCACCCCCACCUCCACCUCCACCGGGGCGUGCUAAUAGUACUGAUGCUCGUCAAGUGCCUCCAGUUGGACCGGCACGAGAUGAAUAUGGAGUCCCUAGGGGUCAGAAGAGGCAUCAGGGAUCUGAGAAAUGUCUGUAUACCCCUUCAGUUCCGACAAAGAUGAGAAACGCGGACGAUAUUGACUCCCUGACCCUGCUGGGGGAGGUUCCUCCUCCUCUCAAGGGGCAGUUCGUUCGUCAAGCGCAAUCUGCUCAACCUCUCCGCCGCUCGUCUAGUCAACAGGUUACUCGCGCGACCCAGCUCGCAGCCAAAGCAAGUUCAGCUGAAGCAAGUUCGGCACAGCCCACUCGCCGUAUGAGUACUUUGGAUGUGAGAAGUGCGCCACCUUCGCGUGCAUCCCAAAGUCGCGCCAGCUCUACAACCAGGGUUCCUCGAUCUAACACUCCUACUCCAAGCCACGUACCCGCAUGGAAGUUCUCUGCUACCAAGUCGGGAAAUCCAAUGUCCAGCGGUCUAUCUAACGAUGUCUCAACUGAAUCUCUCAACAAAAGGAUGAAAUUUACAUUCUCCUCCAUCAUUGAAAAGAUUCCAAACGCCGGAAACGAAAAUCUCAACCCUAAAGGCCGUGGUGAAGAUGUUUCGAUCGCCUCGAAACUAUCUGGUACCGGCUCAGAGCCAGGUGAGAUUCGGGAAAGUCUUCGCGAAAGGUUUUCUCUCACCGAGAACCCGUACCAUCGUCAUUCGACAGCUCAGUCUGCGUCCUCAGCGGACUCUUUCGAGAGCCGCCGCCGCUGA